AUGAGUGAAAUCAGGAAACUUAUAUGGGAUGGAGCUCUGAAUGUGCAAAUAUGUGUCGAUGAUACGCUGGUCCUGAAGGGAACGAGUACUACUGAACGAUUGCUGAAUGUAAGGAUACCGAGAGACACGUAUAUUGUCGUGUAUUUGGAGGGAAUGCUCAAGAAAUUGCAGAGAUUUUUGAGAUUCGACGUUUCUGAAGUGAUGUCAAAGGUUUGGUUUGAAUGUGAUGGCCAGUUAUUGCCUUGGUACUAUCCGAUGGGUGUCUUAUUUGACACCAUUAAGGGCAGUAACUCUAAGAAGGGGGAGCUUGCUUCUGAAUAUUCCAUUAACGUUUGGAAGAUUGAUUUAAAAUACGCUCUGAGCUUACCUAGAGGACAUAUCCCGAUCGUCGAUGAAGUGGAUCAGAUCCGUAGCUACUGGAUGCAUCAAUGGAAGCAAGCUUGUUUCAUAUUAAAUGGAUCUUCCAAGGCAAUGAUGUCUUUAUCUAUUAAAGAAGCCAAGAAAUUUUGGAAAAGUGUGAUCAAUAGAGAACAGGAUGAAUUUGAUAAAGUUAGCGCAAAGAUUCUAUCUCGUCGACCCCAGUUCAUACCUCUCAUAUUACAUCGAACAAAUUCAGAUCUUGAAAAAAUACAACCAACAGUCUCUCUAGUGAAUAGUAACGGUUCUAUAAAGAAGUUACUGAACGUACUACUGGAAGUGUUCCCAGAUGAUUUUACAAACGGUAUGUUUUCUGGGUGCGUUGUCAGUCAAGGGAUUGUAGUAUCGUUAGAAGACGAUAUGUUCAAUUUAUAUACGAAAUUGAGAAGUUUUGAUGGGUUUUUGCAUUUAAUAGUUAAAGAAAUCGGUACGUAA